AUGUCCUCUUACACCACCACCCUCAACCUGCUCUUCUUCUAUAUGACAUGGAGCACACUAGUGUGGUCGCAUUCACCUCUCCGGGUGGAGAUCUUCGGCACCGCCGCAUUUCGACUAGCCUUCUUUGUGAUACCAUCCGUCGUGUUCUUCCUCUUCGACGUCCUGACACCGUCUGCCGCGGUGGUUGUCAAGGAGCAUGGCGAGGCUGGGCUUCCCGGUGGUAGGAAGCGGUUUAAGCUUCGAUUGAAGGAGUUCAAGAUCGCAGGGUGGUCGCUUUUGAAUCUUGGGCUGGCCCUCUUUACGCAGGCGACACUUGAAUGGCUCUUCACUCGAGUCCUGCGCGUGCGCAGUGCGAUCAAGGUGUCCGCGAGCCUUCCCACGCCGUGGACGAUAUUGCAAGAUAUAUUCACCGGCUUUCUGUUUCGAGAGGGCUUGACUUACACUAUGCACCGCUACGCCCUCCACCAUCCGAGCUCAUACCUCACUAAGCUCCACCGGGAAUGGUAUCACGACCUCAGCUUACCCUUCCCUCUCACCGCGCACUACGACCACCCCCUCGUCUACCUAGCGCACAGAUUCGUUCCAACCUAUCUUCCAGCCAUGCUCCUCCGCUUCCACAUGCUCACCUUCCUCCUCUACACUGCCGCCGUCUCCGUCGAAGAGACCUUCGCAUACUCGGGAUACACCUUCAUGCCGACAAGCUUCUUCCUGGGCGGCAUUGCUCGCCGUAACGAAGAGCAUAUGAUUUACUUGGGGGAGGGUAACUUUGGACCAUGGGGUAUUCUGGACUGGAUCCUUGGUACUAGUAUUGGUGUAACUGAUAUCGAGGAGGAUGUGCGGAAUGAGGCUCAUGAUCAUCAACUUGGGCAGAAGGUGAGACAGGCUAUGGAUGCGAAUGCCCGGAAGGUCCAUGUUGAUACUUUGCGGAGGAAUGGGCGGAAGCGGUGA